GCGGGUAGGCGGGCAUUCCCGUUCAGUGUCGUCAAAAUGGCGGCGGCGGCGGGAAGUACGAACGGGAUAUGCUGCUCGAGCCUCUGAGGAAGCGUUUCUGGGCGUCAUGGAUGCUUCAGGUUGCAUGAAAUCCCUGCUCCUGGCAGCCACGCAGUACCGGGCUGCUAAGACGCCGUCCAACGUGGCUCUGGUCCAGCGUAACCUGGAGGUUAUCUCAGGACUGAAGCUUACAAGAUUAUUUGCUUCCAACCAGAUUCUCCCAAGUGAAUGUCUUAAUUGCCUGGUAGAACUCCUUGAGGAUGCGAAUAUAGAUCCUUCUCUGACAUUGUCUUUGGUGACUUUACUAUCACAGCUGGCUUCAGACAAUGAGACAAGAGAAGCUCUUCGGGACACCUACAGUCUGACCAAUGUGCUGGCAGGAGUGGUUCAUCGAAGUUCUACUAAUCUUAGUGAUCCAGUCUUAUUACAGAGUAUUCAGUUGCUGCAGAGGCUGACCUACAACGUUCCAGUCUUUUGCGCUGGUGCCAACAUCGAUGAGCUGAUUUCAUUUCUAAUGCAUCACGUUCAAUCUACAGAAGAUGAGCUAACAAUACCGUGUUUAGGACUUCUGGCAAAUCUCUGUCGUCACAACUUACCUAUUCAAACUCAGAUAAAAUCUUUGAAUAACGUGAAGAGUUUCUAUCGUGCCUUAAUAAGUUUCCUGGCUCACAGCAGUUUGACUAUGGUUGUAUUUGCACUUUCAAUAUUAUCAAGCCUUACUUUAAAUGAAGAAGUAGGAGAAAAACUCUUUCAUGCACGGAAUAUCCAUCAGACUUUUCAGUUAAUAUUCAAUAUUGUUGUAAAUGGAGAUGGUACUCUAACAAGAAAAUAUUCUGUUGAUCUACUUAUGGAUCUCCUGAAAAACCCCAAAGUUGCAGAUUAUCUUACCAGAUAUGAGCACUUCACCUCAUGCCUUGGUCAGGUAUUAGAUCUCCUUCAUGGAAAGGAUCCAGAUUCAUCAUCUAAGAUCUUAGAACUGCUGCUUGCCUUCUGUUCUGUGGUAGAACUGCGUCAUACCCUGCGACAGGCAAUACUGGAACCAUCUGUCUUGCCAGUCUCUGGAAAUACCAGAUUUGUGACUCGCUCAAAGACUUUUGAACCAUCUGUUUCAUUGGUGCAUUUGUCAAACCAACCAUUGGAAGGCUCUGAAGACUGUUCAGUUCUAGCACUGCAGCUAUUCAAAGAGGUUUUUGAGGAUGUCAUUAGUAGCGGGAACAGUGCCUCAGCUGAACACUUUGUGGAUCUUUUGCUGCCUGUUCUUCUUGAUCAUCUUCAGAUGCCAGAACAGACUGUGGAAGAGCUGUUAGUGAAGAAAAAGUGUGAAAGAAUGGUCAAGGCAAUUAACAUCCUCACAGUGCUUUGUAGAGAUGAUGUACUGAAAAUGCACACCUCAAAGCUACUGACUGCCAACAAAUGUGUGUCUCUAAUUGAACACCAGUUUACCUAUAGUGGGAUCGAUGCUGGUUUUGGGACAAAGGUAGUGGACUCUAAAAUGUGCAAACUUGCUGCUGAUAUUAUUUUGAAAACGCUUGAACUUAUGAGCAGACUGAAGCAGGAUGUACCUGGUAUGGAAGUCAGUUUCUACAAAAUCCUACAGGAUCAACGCUUGAUUACACCUUUGACGUUUGCUUUAACAUCAGACUACAGAGAACAGGUCCAAGUGGGACUUAGAAUAUUGUUUGAGGCUGCACCCUUACCAGAUUUUCCUGCUAUUGUGCUUGGUGAAAGCAUUGCUGCAAAUAAUGCUUACAGACAACAGGGAAAAGAACGUGCAUCAAAAAGAAUUCAGCUGCAGUCACCCUUGAUCAGCAAUGUUACAGUGAGAAGUUCUUUAUCUUGUGUUAAUGGUGAUGAAUCCACAACUUCAAGUAUUCAGGAAUUAAUACAAAAACUUCAUUCUGGACUAGAGGUUAAGGAACCAAUCACUGACAUGAGGAUUUCUGACAUAAUGGAUAUCUAUGAGCAGAAGCUUUCAUCGUUAGCAUCAAAAGAAACUCGGCUGCAAGAUCUUUUGGAAGCAAAGGCUCUGGCUUUGGCUCAGGCUGACAGGCUGAUGGCCCAGUACCGUUGUCAAAGGGCCCAGGCAGAAUCUGAGGCCCGAACUCUUGCUGCAAUGCUAAAGGAUGCAGAACGAAAAAAUGAAGAACUUAAUGUUUUGCUGAAAGCUCAGCAGGUAGAAUCUGAAAAGGCGCAGACUGAUAUUGAACAGCUCUUUCAACACAACAGGAAAUUACAAACAGUUGCGGAGGAACAUGAAAUGCUGAAAAAAUCAUCAAUUGAUCUUCUUCAGAGGUAUGAAACAACUGAAAGACAACUUAAAGAUCUACAGAUUACAUGCAAUUCCCUAAAUAAAGAAAUUGAAGCAAUGAAGAAACUAAAUGAAUCACUGAAGCAGCAGAAUGACAGGACUGCUGCACAGUUGGUAGAAUCUGAAGAACAAAGAAACAACCUACAGCAACAGCUACAUGAUAGAGAAAGCAAAAUAGCGAGCUUGCAACAGAAAAUAAAAGUUCAGGAAGAGAAACUGAAAGCUCUCCAUAAAGAAAAAAACAAUAUGGAAGAAACUGUUGAUGUUCUUAGAAAGGAACUGAGCAAAACAGAACAAGCAAGGAAGGAGCUGAGUAUCAAGGCAUCUUCUCUGGAAGUUCAAAAAUCCCAAUUGGAAGUACGCUUGGAAGAAAAAGAAGCGCUUGUAAAAUUGCAGAAGGAAGAACUGAACAGACAUUCUGCUAUGAUUGCAAUGAUUCACAGUCUGAGUGGUGGCAAGUUAAGCACAGAAGCAGUGAACCUUAGUUUAUAGGGCUCUGUCAUAAAGGUUUUAAUAGAAAAUAAAUAUGAAUUAAUGUAUAUUUAAAAAGUUUUAAACACGAAGCUAAUAUACUAUCUGGCUAAAGAAGAGCCACCUAAAAACUGAAGUAGUUCAAUAUCGAUUGAGAAUAAAAGAUAGAAUUAUGGAAGUUCUUUUUGAAACCACUGAGCUACUGUACAGCAAACAGAUCUUCUGAUGAGCUUGGUAGAACUAUUAUUUAUCUGUACUAGCACCUGGAUGUUACUGUUGUUGGUGACUAACCUUCCCAAAUGGAUAGAUAGCAAAAUGGGAGUCACUCAGCCUUUUUGUUAGUUUAUUCUGCUAUUGGCUAUCAGGAAAGUAUUCUUCAUAGGGUAAGCACUUUCAUCAUUUAAUCUUGUUAAUUUUCGCUCUUCUGAAUACCACCUAUUAUUUGUGCAGAGCUGCUUCCUGAUGCCUAAGGCACAAGAAUAGAAAUAAAAUGGAUUAUUUAAUUAGAAUGCAUUAUACUGAAAGCUGUAUUUGCCAGCAUAUUAAUGCAAAUACUUCCUGAAAAAUAAAUGUGUGGAUGUGUUUCUAAUUUUGAGGAGAUUAAUUUGAGCAAGCAGAUCACUGAAUUGGAGUGAUUUCUAUUAUUAAUUUUUAGUAGAAUCAUUUUGGGAAAGUUUGCUAAAAUGAAAUACAUGGAUUCAGAACUAUUUUUUAAAUACUAGAUAAUACUUUCAUAAGCCUGCAUCGCUUUUUAUAUUCUUUAAAAAGAUUCUGCACUUUUUUUAACAGUCUUAUCUGAUACACUGUUAACUGUUGUCAGAAUUGCCACUUUCUGCUCAAACAGAAUUUCAUAUAUUGCUUAUAGUAUAACUAUUUAGGAAAUUUCUUCUAAGGUGUAAUUUCAUGUGAAAAAUCUGGACUUGAACUUGAGUUCUUGCAUGGCUGAACACUUUCCUGUCCUUAGUUCAAGUAUGACAUGAAUGUCUUUUAGCAGUUGUCAGAAUUACUUCAUUAAUAUAUGUGUUUUGGUAGAACUAACAGAGUUUAUUUCAUAUAUAUCCUCUUCUGUAGCAUUAGUGAUUUUAUUUGUAUCUAAUUUGUAAUGGCUAGGUCUCAAGACACCUGAGUUUCUUAUCUUCCUUUGUGUCAUAGAUAUUUUAUUGUAUCUGCUCAACUCAUGACUAAGUAUAACCUUGUGCAUUCAGUUGCAAUUAUACGAGUCAUAUGAAUUGCAUCUAUUUUAGCCUGCUUCUAAACUGUACAUAUUUUUAUGACAUAAUGUGUACGGCUUUUACUUGUGGUUGUUCUGGUCUCUGUGAAGACUAGGUGAAUAAAAAACAAAUUGCUAUGUGUCCUAAGUAUUCUGUUUAAGUGAGGUAAAUUAGUAAAACACACAGUUUGGCUUCCUCUUUGCAUAAAACAUGGUUAUUGCUUAAAAUGGUCAGAAAAUAAGUGUUAAAACUGCUGAGUUGAGUGUUUCUCGUUAACUAUGAAUUUCUACUUAAGUGUAAUGGAUUAAGAACUUUGAGUGUCAAAAUAAGUUUGCAGACAUUAAUUCAUUACUAUUUCAGUCUCUUGGUCACAAGAAAGAGGCAGCUGAAUGGUAUUUUUUCCUCACUUUCUGCCAGAAACUACUCCUAAAAUAAAUAAAUAAAUAGAUCAAGUA